UGUGUAGGCCAGGCAGAUACUUCAAUCUGUCCUUACACCAUCCAUGCUUUCGAUGUCAACUAUCCGCCCUCAAGCUUCUUAACUUGUCACGAAUCCUAGAAUAGGCUGCUCCCUGGCUUUCUGUAGCUAUGGACUUACAGCUACGCCAGUUUCGCUAACACAUAUGUCCGAUGUGUCGCACUUUGCUAAACCCGCCAGCUGUUUAUCAUGAGCUCUUUUUUUCGGUCACCAAACGAUGUAACCAGUUCGACAACUGACGAUACUACUGAUGCGGAAAUCUCGACGUCUGUUGAACAUGAGCGUGGCGUUGAUGCCUCUGGCGUCAUUUCAAGGAUCCAAACUCUCUCCACCGACACAUCCGACCGAGAGCAAGCCCUGUCAACCUCAAAAGACCUCCCCAAUCAACAGCACCAGCACAAAGAUCUCCUACUUCACUCGCUCCUGGAGGAGAAAGCUUUGGCGAACGCACUGCAGUCGCUCAAUAAUGCGGGGGAUCGACCUCAUGGCCAUGUCUACUCCGCGAGCGAUUCCGAGGUCAAGGCGCUAGCAAAGUCGAAGUAUCAGUCUAUGGCUACUCAACUAUCGUCCCUAGGUGUUCUAGGCUCCGGGUCUGAGGAAUCACUACGGCCGCUACGUGAUCGGUAUAGACAAGGUUUGGACUCACUCUUACAGUCACAAGACGCCGGUCUUGACCUGUCUGAUGGAAGCAUUUCUGGCGCUUUACCCAGCGCUCAGGGCCACGCCGACCUUUCUGCCACCCUUGGUAGAUUGGCUUUCGCCCAUAACCCCUUCAUGCAGUACUCUAUGACUAUUCCGAACAAUGAUCUCAUGCCACUCCCACUCCAACGCUUGCUUGUGUCUCACCGGGUCUGGGAGACAUCCAGAUACGAAAAAGACUUUGAGCAGAUUGCUGUGCUUGGCAAGGGUGGCUAUGGUAAGGUGUUUAAAUGCCGCCACAAACUUGAUGGUAUGGAUUAUGCGAUCAAACAGAUUGUCCUUAGCCCUGGAAAAGUGCAGCAGAUUCAGGAUCGAGGAGAGACUGAAUUGAAUCAUAUUCUUGCAGAAAUACGCACAAUCGCGCGUCUCGACCACCCAAAUAUAGUACGCUACUAUGGUGGGUGGUUAGAGAUGGCUCCAGUGGAGGCACCGCCCGCAUACCCCUCUAUCCAGUCUCGGAGGAAUAUGAUCGAGGGGCCUGCCAAGGGAGAGAGCUCUCGGUCUGCAUCUGAUCUCGUUGCUUCAUCUGUUUCAGAGUUGGCCGAAAUCCGUAACGGAAAAAACCUUUACGAAGAGCCUAAUGUUGUCUUCGGAGACGACACAGCCGGGUCCGUUCCGGAGGAAGUCGACUACAGUCCAAACGAGCUCAUCUCGAAGGAAACCCCAGCACAGCGUCGUCAAAGCAAUGCCACCGUCUCUUCAAUCCGAUCGAAGAAGAGCACGGUGCAUAGUGCCAGGGGAGAUGAUAGCUGGGGCCACGAAGUCGAUGAGAUAAUUCCACGUACUUCCAUCGCACAUGAGCCUUCAACGUCCCUACAGGACUCCUAUGUGACCUCUUCUAGGCACGAAGCGUCAGACAACAAAACGCUUGCCCCUCAGCUCACGUUACAUAUACAAAUGGGUGUCCAUCCAAUGACACUCGCCGAUUUCCUCAGUCCACCGCCCAGUGCUCAUAUCGCAAAUACCGCAUCAGGCCUCCGACAUUGCUUCCACGUUAAGGCAUCUCUUCGCAUCAUAUUGUCUGUCAUGGACGGCGUAGAAUAUCUCCACUCCGCGGACGUGAUUCAUCGCGACCUGAAACCGUCUAACAUCUUCCUCUCGCCUUUCACCGAACCCGUGGUUCCCGCCGGCUGCGUCAACCUCUCUGACUGCGACACAUGCGCACUCAACAAAGCUCCCGGUCGUGGUCAUAUCGGGCUGCGCAUCGGUGAUUUUGGCCUUGUUACAGCCAUCGCUCGCCCAGAAGGCUCGCGAUUGUCCGCUACAGCGAAAGCCGUAGGCACAGAGUUCUACCGGCCACACACGGCAUCGCCCAUACCUAGCGCAAAGCUCGACGUUUUUUCCUUGGGCAUCAUUCUAUUCGAGCUGGUCUAUUCCUUUGGAACGAAGAUGGAGAGACACGAGACAUUGAGGCGUUUAAAGCUUGGACUACUACCAGAGGACUUCUCAGAUCAAAUCAAAGACAAGGACUGUGAAGUGGAGAGAUUGAUUUUCGGUAUGACGAAUGACGAUGAAAAGAGCCGAUAUACGUGCACAACCGCAAGGCUCGCGAUCAACCAAAUCUUGGCGAAGAUAUGAGAUAUCUGACAUCUUGAUGCAAAUGUACUUCAGGUCCCACUCCGCUCCAUUAUGGCACUUGUACAUAUACGCCUGGCCCAGCAACACCUUCGGUCUCGAUGAAGACUCGGACAUGAAAGGGCGCAAUGAUCUUGUAAAUACGAGUAGACUCAGUGAGGUCUCCUCACAGUUCUUUUAAAUAGAUUCCCCAGAUAAGUCUUGGCAGUAAGGCGAGUGGAG